UCCUUCCUUCCCCUGGCCUUAAAAACAGAGUACUCUGUCUCUCUUGUCUGCAUAAUAAACUCACUGCUAUGAUAAAGCGCGUAGAUAGAGAUUAGAGAGAGUACACUAUGACUAUGUUUCAUGACUGAGAAAAUAGGGCCCUACAAAUACAUUUCUUACCAAACCAAAACAAAACUUACAAAGGGUACCCUUUUAUUCUAGUUCUACUACUACCCUCUCUCUCUCUCUCUCUCAUGGAUUCCAGCAGUAGCAGUAGCAACAGUAACAACAAUGGAACAACAACAACAGCAACAACACUUCUCAACCCACCUUCACCAUAUCCACCAAAACCCAUAACCAGAUCCGAACCCGGUAACCCAUACCCAACAACAUUUGUUCAAGCUGAUCCAUCUUCAUUCAAACAAGUUGUUCAAUUGUUAACUGGAUCCACUGAAACAACAUCAUCAUCAAAACAUGUUUCCUCAAAUUCCAAUUCCAACAACAAUCUAAGAAACCAUAUUCCACCGAUCAAAACCAUACCCAAAAAACAACAACAAUCUGGUUUCAAACUCUACGAACGAAGAAACUCUCUUAAGAAUCUUCAUCUAAACCCUCUCCUCCCAAUUUUCUCCUCAAAUUCAACAAACCCUUCUGGGUUUUCACCAAGAAACACUGAAAUUUUGUCACCAAGCAUCCUUGAUUUUCCAGCACUUGCUCUUAGUCCUGUUACUCCUCUUAUACCCGACCCGUUUAACAGAACCACCACCAUCUCCGGUACUGGAAGCAAUCAUCGAUGUGGGAAUGAGAGUCCUAAACCAGUUUUGAACACUGAAGCUGAAGAAAAAGCUAUAAGAGAAAAAGGGUUUUUCUUGCAUCCUUCACCUUCAACUACUCCAAGAGAAACUGAACCACCUCGUUUGCUUCCUCUGUUUCCAACUACUUCACCAAAAGCUUCUUCUUCUUCGAGCACUUAAUUUUUUAAUUGAGUUGAAAUUUUCCUUUUUUUUUUACUAUCUUCUUGGUCUUUUAGAUUUUGUUUUAGAUUUUUAUUUAUAUUAUUAAUGGCAUUGAUGAGUUUUAGAGAGAUGAUAAAUCUGUAAUGGGUUAUGCACAGAAUCAAAGAAUCUUGCUUCAAUUGUAUGUAGAAUUAUGCAUUUGUUUUUCUUCUU